GAAAGUGAGCCGAGGAAGCCAUGAGUGCGUUCAUAAGUAUUUAAAUAGCUUUAAUAUUGAAAAGUGACGCUUAGAAGAUAAACGUUUAUUCAAACAAACUUAGUCGCGGAGUUAUUAAUUUGUUGCUGAUACAAUGUCUGUCUCCGCUGUCUUCGUACUGGACUUGAAAGGAAAGGUGCUGAUAUGUCGGAAUUACAAGGGCGACGUGGACAUGGCUGAGAUCGACCAUUUCCUGCCUCUGCUCAUGACAGAAGAGGAGGAGGGUGUCACCUGUCCAAUCAUGAUGCACGGCAAUGUUCACUUCCUGUGGAUCAAGCACACCAAUCUGUACCUUGUGGCCACUACCAACAAGAACUCCAACGCCUCCCUGGUCUAUGCCUUCCUGUAUAAACUGGUUGAGGUGUUCACCGAGUAUUUUACAGAGUUGGAGGAGGAGAGCAUCCAGGAUAACUUUGUAGUGGUCUAUGAAUUGUUGGAUGAGCUGAUGGACUUUGGCUUUCCUCAGACAACUGACAGCAAGAUCCUACAGGAGUACAUCACACAGGAGGGUGCCAAGCUGGAGGUGGCUAAGACCAAGGUUCCCACCACUGUCACGAAUGCUGUGUCCUGGAGGUCAGAGGGCAUCAAGUACAAGAAGAAUGAGGUGUUCAUCGAUGUCAUAGAGUCCAUAAACCUGCUGGUGAAUGCCAACGGUAGCGUAAUGAGCAGUGACAUUGUGGGCACUGUCAAGCUGAAGACCAUGCUGUCUGGCAUGCCGGAGCUAAGACUGGGCCUCAACGACCGGGCGCUGUUCGCCCUCACCGGCCGGGACAAGGGCAAGACCGUAUCGAUGGAGGACGUGAAGUUUCAUCAGUGUGUCCGUCUGUCCCGCUUCGAAAGUGACCGCACCAUCUCCUUCAUUCCCCCCGACGGGGAGUCUGAGCUCAUGUCCUACCGUAUUAACACUCACGUGAAACCCCUCAUAUGGAUUGAGUCUGUCAUCGAGAAAUUCUCUCACAGCAGGGUUGAGAUCAUGGUCAAGGCUAAGGGGCAGUUCAAAAAGCAGUCGGUUGCCAACAACGUUGAGGUGCGUGUACCGGUGCCCAGUGACGCCGACUCUCCCAAGUUUAAAACCAGCACAGGCCAUGCUAAAUAUGUCCCAGAGAAGAAUCUGGCUGUGUGGACCAUCAAGUCCUUCCCGGGUGGUAAGGAGUUUCUCAUGCGGGCCAGCUUUGGACUCCCCAGUGUGGAAAACGAUGAAAUGGAGGGCAAGCCUCCCAUCACUGUCAACUUUGAGAUCCCAUACUUCACUGUGUCAGGGAUACAGGUGCGAUACAUGAAGAUCAUUGAGAAGAGUGGUUACCAGGCCCUGCCCUGGGUUCGAUACAUCACACAAAGUGGAGAUUACCAACUACGGAGUAACUUCUAAACCAGUCCAAACAUCGUAGCAAAACGAUCAAUUUCAUUUCAACCCUCCCAAGAAAGGAACAUUUAUUUUCUCUCUGUUUUAUGUUACUGUAUAAGAUUGGG